ACGUACGUACUUAAAACAAGAUGGUUCCCUCUCAUUCUUUACAUAGUGGUGCUUGUUGUAUCGAAUUUUCAAAGUCGUGGAUGUUUUGAGAAAUUAAAUUUUUUCCGCCGAAAAGGAAAGAAUAUUAACAAAACAACAUAAAAAGUAGGGAGAAAUAUUUAAUAUUAUUUUAUAAUGCGACGAAGAAGUGAAAGGAAAAAAUCUACUGACGUUUCGUCUCCAGCUCCGGUGUCUAGACGUACAAGUCGCAGAUCACGUCAAAUAUCUGAGACAUCGAGUGAAAAAGGCGCACAGUCGGAACUAUCCCCCAGUGCUGAUGUAGCUGAAAAGUGCAUGACAAACGUGGAUGUUCCGGAGGAAGUCAACAACGAAGAACCAACAGUAGACGCUGUAAAGAAUCGUUCACGUAAUCGAACACCGGUUAAAGACAGAAGCAGUCCGUUGAAGCGCAAAACUCAAAACAUUACCAUAGAACCAAAAAUCGAUGUUAUACCUGAAGAAAAUAUCUCUGUGAAAGAAGACGGUGAAGUAGAUAAUAAAACAGAGAAGGAAAUAAAUGAAAACAUAAAAGAGGCAGCUGAAGCUGUUACAGUUAUAAACGAAGCUUCCACCUCCUCGAGCCCUAAAAAUAAUGUUGACAUCAACAAACCCGUGGAUGUUUUGGAGAUUCAAGCAGAAGAUCACGAUGAAGAUAAAAUGCAGUCUCAAGAAGCAUCAAACAAAAAUAAAAUUGUGGAAGAAGAAAUAAUUAACACAGAAAAUAAAAAAAGAGACGAAGAGUCCCCAAAUAACGAAUUAAGGAAUGAUAAUGAAAAGGAUCUUCCAUUGCAAGAGAAGUCUGUUUCAACGACGCCCAAGGAUGAGCUUUCAAUUAUCGAUGAAAAGACGGAUGCAAAUGUAAGCAAACGUAAGUGGGUAACAAAGAGGACAGUACAAAAUCGUAGUCCUCUACUGGUUAUAACCACAGAAACAUUAAAAACAUCUAUAUCUGAUGAUUCGCUUCCUGUUACUACGCCUGUUCUGGGAAAAUCACCUGAGAUACAGGAAGUAAAUUCAGAACGGGAAGAGGGUGAACAAACUCCGUCGCCAGAAAGAGAAAGUCGCAGAAAUAGUACCAAUAAUAAUAAUAAUAAUGCUGACAAAACAGUCAUCCGUAAUCAAAUUGACAAAAACUCAGCACCAAGAACGAUUACCAAAUUAAAUAUAAAAGUAGAACAUCGUUCUCCCAGUCCCAAAAAUAAAAAGGCCAGUAAUGUACUCUUUAUAACCAAUCUUGUGAGACCGUUUACGGUUUUACAAUUGAAAGGGUUAUUAGCACGUACUGGUAAAUUAGUUGAGGAUGGUUUUUGGAUAGAUCGCAUAAAAUCCAAGUGCUAUGUUCAAUAUGAAACAGAGGAUGAAGCGAUUGAGACACGACACGCAUUACAUGGCGUUCGUUGGCCAGUUUCAAAUCCAAAAUGUUUAAUUGUGGAAUUUGCAAAAAGGAACGACAUGGAUAGGGCUAUUCAAUCUACAAAAGAUGAACAGACUAAUUUCGGCCAGGAAAAUCAUAGAGAAAAUAUACUAAUCGGUAUGGGAUGGAACAGGGAUCGAAACGGCAUGGAUGAAAAGAGGACAAAAACGAACUUUGGGUUACUAGCGGCUUGUAAUAUAUUUCAGACAUUAAGACCAGUUCGUGAAUGGGAUGUUGGAAAAAAAGAAAGUUUAGAUCGGGAAAAGAAUAGAGAUAUUCAAAAACGACGCAGCAGGGAGAGGGAAGUAAUUUUCGGUAAUCGGGAACACGAUCGUAAUGGUAAGGAGCGCAGACCGCGAUCAAAAGGAAGAGCAGAGGCUAGAAGUAGUAGCCGAUCACCAGCACGGAAAGUAAAGAAAAAGGAAAAUGACCCACCUCUAAGACUUCUAGAUGACCUAUUUCGCAAAACUAAGAGUACACCAUGUAUUUAUUGGCUACCAUUAACACCCGAACAAAUAGCUGAAAAAGAGGCAAUUCGACAAAAAAGACUCGAGGAGCAUAAACAGCGUAUUAAGCAAAGGGAGAUAGAAAAAGGUAAAGAAAGGGAAAAAGAGCGGAAUCGAACCAAUGACCGCAGGGAUAGAGAAAGAGAAAGGGAUCAAAGACGCAAUCGAUCGAGUGAUCGUCGUUCACGUAGUCGCGAUCGACGCCGCUACUAAAAAUUAUUGGUAUUGUAUAACCAAAUUAUCAUUAGGACGUCGUUGCAUUUGAAAUUUAUUGUUUUUCAAAUCCAUGCAGAAUGCGUGAUUAUGAAAACAAAAAGUAAAUUUCAUUUAGCAUCGUUCUUAAAUUAAACUAGAAUAUGGCUAAAAUUUCUAGCAAACAGAAAUCGUUUCCGGUUACCCGAGCCAACCUUUGGUGUAGAAACUUGCUUUUUUUUCUUACAUAAUUACUACAUAUAUAAAUAAUUAGAAGAAUUUAAAUUCAGAACCGAAAUUCAUCGCCAAAGCAAUUUUCAAAGGUCCAUCAUUUUUCGUGGAUAAAAAGGUUUAGUUUUUUUCUAUCUUUUUUUUUUUUAUAAUUCCUUCUCUUGUUAUUUUCAAUUACUUUAACAAAUUAUUUAUCAUUUAUUUCAUUUUCAUUAUAUUUGAAAAACACAAAUAUUACUUAUUUUCUCAUACUUGAAAAAAAGUUUAGAUUGAGUAACCGAUUUGUUACAAAGCUGCUAAACAAGUCUUUAGGAAACUAUCUGAUUUCGUAAAGCCAAACAAUUAAAACCCUAUUAAAACCCUUUCUGGAAAACUUUCAAGGGGAAAUGCAAAGCAACUCAGUUGAAAUCAACAAGUGUCACCGCGCACUCGGACUCUAAUUCAGCAGUAAUAGUGGUACUUGACCACAAAGUUCUUAACUCAAAUUCAAUGAUAAUAUUUGAAUAAAUAAAGGCAAUAAGAUCUUUUAACAAAAAA